AUGCCACUGGACCUGGUGGGAAAGUUGCACCGCACCGUCUACAUUGAAGGCUGCCCGUCAACGGUGCGGGAGGACCUCUUGCGGCUUCUUGUAACAAAAUGCGGCACAAUAGAGGGCUGGGAUCUCAUGGGUGAGCGCCUUAUUGUUGUUUUCAGUAGCAUGAACAGCAUCAGCACCGCCAUUACCUUUAAUGGUACGGCCUUUGGUGAUCUGACGAGCAAACUCUUUCUGUGGGUGGCGACCGAGUCACCUCCGGCAGGGGUGACGCAGCAGAUGGCAAUUGCUGACAGGGGCGAUGGCGCGGUAGGGGCUCCACAUUCGGCAGAGGAAUUGAAAUCUGCACGCGAGGCACGUGAAAGACGACUAGCCGCCAUUCGUUCAGAACUGGCGCCAGAGAUUGAGAUGGCUGAGAGCACUGAGAACAAAGAGGCGAGAAUGUUGGACCUCUGCGUGAGGCAGCUCAAAGCUCUCGGAACGCUUACCAGCCACGCGCUUGUUGAGGCUGAGAAAAAACUAGAGGAAAUUUCCACGCACCUCAGCGCUUCUCAGAAUUUGCUGGAGAGUCUGCGUAGGGAGAAGCUGGGCAAGGCGACUGCUCUACCCGCAGAGCAGGCGGAGGGCCCUGAUUGCACUGCAGAUGCCAAUACUGCUGUGGUGGCUGCUGAACUUCCUGGAGUGUUGGGCGAGCGAGACGAUGAAGUGGCACGACGUGUAGAGGCGAUGGUGGCCGCGGCGGAAGAUAUUGGCCAGUGGAGAAUGCGCUUUCGAGAAAGUUGA